AUGAAAAUUGAACAAAAAAUUAAAGAGCUGAACAGGAAAAUAGAAAAGAAGAGCAACACACUUCUUCACAAUAUCACGACGCAGAUAGAUCACAAGUACAAGGACUUGUGUGCUUCUACUGACCAUGCCAUCCGACGAGAAAAACAGGAUUUGAAAAAGAAGUCAAGUAGGCUACUAAAGAAAAUGGAAGAAAAAGUCAAUGAGCAAAAUGAGAGGAUAGCUAGGAUGAAGCGAAAAAUACAGAACAUCAAUGAAGUGUUCAGAAGAUUUGAGAGCGAUUCUGUUAUUGAAAAGAUAGGUGAAAUUAAAAUGGAGAUUGAAAGAUUAAUUCAAUUACAAAAUGAGAGAUACGAUCAAAUACGAUCAGAUCAAAGAAAAAUAUACAAGACAGAGUUUGAGAAGCUUCAGGGAAUGGGUGAGGGUCUAGUUGAACAGAGUAGUGAAAAGCUAAAAGGUCUACUAUAA